AUGAUCUCAUACGAACUAGUUCUAGGUUCUGCUAUCCUGAUUGUGAUUAUCAUGACAGGAUCAUUCAACAUUACUACUAUCAUUGAAAACCAAGAAGCAAUUUGGUUUGUGGUUCCUCUUCUUCCAGUAUUUAUCGUAUUCUUUAUCUCAGCACUGGCAGAAACUAACCGUACUCCAUUUGACCUUCCUGAAGCCGAAUCAGAACUAGUUGCCGGGUUCUUUACUGAACACAGUGGUAUGAUCUUCGUAUUCUUCUUCCUAGGAGAAUACUGUUCAAUUGUUCUAAUGUCUACACUGACAGCUAUCCUAUUCUUCGGUGGUUACAACAUGCCAGAACUAUUUAUUAACGACACAUUCGUUAACCUACAAAGUAUUGUACUGGGUCUUAAGACAUGUCUAUUCUGUUUCCUAUUCGUAUGGUUCCGAGCUACUCUACCGCGAAUGCGAUACGAUGGACUAAUGGUCUUUUGUUGGACUGGAAUGCUGCCAAUCGCAAUCGCGCUGGUAGUUCUAGUACCAAGUAUCCUAGUCGCCUUUGACAUCAUCCCAUAUCAAAAUUAA